AUGCUCAACUGGCAGGGGUCGGGGAUGAGCGUGAUGGAGAUGAGCCACCGCGGGAAGGAGUACGACGCGAUCCACAGCAAGGCGCAGGCCGACCUCCGGGAGCUCAUGGGGAUCCCGGACAAUUACAAGGUGCUCUUCGUCCAGGGCGGGGCCAGCACGCAGUUCGCCGGGGUCGUGCUCAACCUCACCAAGCCCGGGGACGUGGUCGACUACGUCGUGACCGGCUCGUGGGGGAAGAAGGCGCUGCAGGAGGCCGAGAAGCUCGGGUGCAAGGCCAACCUGGCCGCCAAGGGCGACAACAAGUCGCUGCCGCCCAUCAGUGACUGGAAGCUGUCGCCCGACUCCAAGUUCGUGCACAUCUGCUCCAACGAGACCAUCCAGGGUGUCGAGUUCCAGGAGGACCCCGACCUGGGCGACCGGGUGCUCGUGGCGGACAUGUCGUCCAACAUCCUCUCCAAGCCCGUCGACGUGAGCAAGUACGGCGUCAUCUACUGCGGCGCGCAGAAGAACAUCGGGCCCUCUGGCGUCACCAUCGUCAUCGUCCGGGAGGACCUGAUCGGAAACGCGCGGCCGGACACGCCGACGAUGCUCGACUGGAAGACCAUGGCGGACAACGACUCGCUGUACAACACCCCCCCCUGCUACUCGAUCUACAUCUGCGGCCUGGUGUUCGCCAAGCUGCUGCGCGAGGGCGGCCUCGCCGCGUCCCUGGAGCGCAACAAGGCGAAGGCGGGCCUGCUGUACGACGCGAUCGACGCGUCGGGCGGGUUCUACAACUGCCCCGUGGACCCCGCGGUGCGCUCCAACAUGAACGUGCCCUUCACCAUCCCCGGGAACCCGGAGCUGGAGCCGGCCUUCAUCAAGGGCGCCGCGGAGCGCGGGAUGGUCCAGCUCAAGGGGCACCGCUCCGUGGGCGGCAUGCGCGCCUCCAUCUACAACGCCAUGCCGCACGACGGGUGCGGGGACCUCGCGGCGUACAUGAAGGAGUUCCAGCAGCAGAACGCGUAG